AUGGCUCCGUGGCAGCAGCCUGGCUGGCUCUGCCGGAGGUGCUGCCGCGCCCGUGGGGCACGCUCCCUGCGGGCAGGGACGUUGGAGCUGCUCUGCAGGAGCCAGGCCAGGCCAGCAAUGAGCCAGGACUCGCAGGUAGCCCGUGAUCCUGGCAGCACAGCUAAUGCACCAGAAGAUGAUGCUCCAAAUAGAUAUUCCAGAACAGACAGGACAACUUACAGCAGAUACAGCAGGGAUGCAAAUUCUUCUGGCAGUUCCAUACCAAGUAAUGCUUUGGAAAAGAGGAUUGAGGAACUUGAAAGGGAACUUGCAAAGGAGAGACAGGAAAAUGCAAGAUUAACGAAGAUGACACAGGACAAAGAAGAACUAAUUGGAAAGCUGAAGGAAGAAAUUGAUUUAUUAAACAGAGACCUAGAUGAUAUAGAAGAUGAAAAUGAACAAUUGAAGCAAGAAAAUAAAACCCUCUUAAAAGUUGUUGGACAGCUGACAAGGUAGAAGAUUCAAGCCUCAAUGAGGAAAGAUUUAAAAACUACUGAUUGAACGUUAAGGUCAAUAUAGUAAUGCUUCCUGUGUUGCAGUAUGUUAUAAUAACUGUCAUUAUAUUUAUUAUUAGGAAACCAGAUGAAUGUUUAUUUUCAUAGU